ACCACCAGUUGCCUCGCCUACUAGUGCUAGUCUCUCUCGGUUCUUCCUUCAGCGUAAGUCCCGGUUGGUUGCUCGUCCCGAUUGGUUGCUCGUCCCGAUUGUGUUCGUGACUCCGACGCCUGAUCAGUGCCUCUCUUCCUGUCGCUCCAUCCCUCCCUCACAUCCCUCUCACGGCUAGCGGCUAGGGUGCUGCCGUCGUCGUUAAUCUCCGUUUAGCGCCGGCAAGAUAUGCGACUGUAGCGUCGAUGUAGCGUUGGUCGGGGGGGCAAUGCUGACAGCAUUCACAGUGGAUUUGCAUUGGCAUAUCGGCGGUAGCAACUCCAGGGUUGUAGCAGCAGCUCGGCUGUAGCUGCAGCUCGGCUGUAGCAGGAGCUCGGCUGUAGCGUCAGCGAGGCGAUGGUGUCCCAACCAGCAGGUGGGUCGCAGUCCGGGCACAUAUCCCGCGAAGAUCGCGAGCAGGCGAUCGGCGCCGUGAUGCGCCACAUGGUCUUCAAGAACAGCAGCCACCCGGGCGUGCCUGUAUCGAGGGACGAGCUCAAUAAGGUCAUCGCCGCCCAGCUGGCAGGGAGGCGCGUGCCCGGGCUGCCGGGUGUGAUUAUAAAGGAGGCUCAGGCGCGGUUCCCCGCUGCGCUGGGAUUCGAUAUGAAGGAACUGGAGAGGGGGACAAGGGGGAGAGGGGGAGGGGGAGGGGGGCAUGAGGGGGGACGAGACGAGGGGGGAGGCGGAGAGGAAGGGGGGGACGGGGGAGGAGGUAGGGGAGGAGGGGGAGGGGGGACGAAGGAGUAUGUGUUACUGAGCCGGUUACCAGCAGCGGUGUUGUCGCGAUUCGUGGAUACGCCAGAGCAAGCAGCAGGCAGUGCAUUUACUACCAUAGUGUGCGCGCUUUUAAAGGGGGCCGGAGGAAGUAUCCCCGCAGACAAGCUAUGGGCGCUGCUGGGGGCACUGGGGGUGCGCAGGGGGGAGGAGAGGCACCCGCAGUUUGGGAAUGUGGAGGAGAAUAUGAAGCGGCUGGAGAAGCAGAGAUAUGUGACAAUGGUGAAGGGCACUUGACGUUCCGUUUCUCCCACCUCUCAUGCCCAACGUCUCCCGUGGAGUUGCUUCCCAGAUAUGUGACUAUGGUGAAGGGCACUCGAGGGGUGGGUGGGGAGGAAGAGCAACUGUAUGAGCUGGCAGAGCAUGCUCGGCUGGGCAUUGGAGCAGAGAAGCUGCAGAAGAUGUUCAACGAGGU